AUGAAGCAGCUGGCAGAGAUGUUAUGCCAUAAGUAUCAGGAGUGGAGUGGCUCUGGGCACUACCGUGAUAUUGUGCUUUCCAGGUUAGCAAACGUGGUGACUCCACUGUGGAGACUUCCCUAUCAAGAGCAACUGCAGGUGAAGUAUGAAAGCCAGAGGAAGAUCUUGCAGAUGUUGACAUCUCGUCUUGAGGAGCUGGGCAUAGAUGCACAGAAACCUGGUGGGCUCUGCUGUCCUCUCCAGCCUUUAGUCCCUUCACCCAUCAUUAAUGGCUACCGAAACAAAUCUACUUUCUCUGUGAACCGAGGACCAGAUGGGAACCCCAAAACUGUGGGGUUGUAUGUGGGAACUGGCAGAGCAAGAAAUAUUGUCUGUGUGAAAGCCAACCACAUGGAGAACAUACCCCAAAAACACAAACAAGUAGCCCAGUGCUAUGAGGAGUUCAUCCGUCACUCCCCCCUGGACCCCUGCAUCCUCUUCCAUGAAGGUGGACACUGGCGGGAGCUUGUGGUACGCACCACCAGCCAUGGCCACACCAUGGCUAUUGUCACCUUCCACCCCCAGGAGAUGGGCCAGGAGGCACUGGCUACUCAGAAAGCAUUGCUUAAGGAGUUCUUCACAUGUGGACCUGGAACAGUCUGUCCAGUUCUUGUGUGCUCUGCUAGCUCCAUGACACGCUGCUCCCACGAGCAGUCCCCCUUCCAGCUCCUUCAUGGAGAACCGCACAUCUUUGAAGAAAUGCUCGGCCUGAAGUUUCGCAUCUCUCCAGAUGCCUUUUUCCAAGUAAACACGAGUGGAGCAGAAGUUCUGUACCAGGCAGUCGGGGAGCUGAGUCGGGCUGGUGGGGACACUGUCCUCCUCGACGUCUGCUGUGGAACGGGCACAAUUGGUCUAUCUCUGGCUCACCAAGUGUCCAAGAUUAUUGGUAUUGAGAUGGUGGAGAAGGCAAUAGAGGAUGCUAGGUGGAAUGCAGCAUUCAAUGGAAUUUCAAACUGUGAGUUUCACAGUGGAAAGGCAGAGGCCGUGUUACCACAACUCCUGUCAUCGUGGGAAGAUUCCCGACCCCUUGUUGCUGUUGUGAACCCAUCUCGGGCUGGGCUCCAUUACAGGGUUGUGCGAGCCAUCCGAAACUGCAAGUCCAUCCGAAGGCUGCUCUACAUUUCCUGCAAGCCAGAGGGUGAAGCCAUGAGGAACUUUCUUGAGCUGUGCUGCCCACCUGACCCAGGGAAGAAGCUGGCAGGAGAGCCAUUUGCCCCCACGUUGGCUAUACCUUUCGACAUGUUUCCUCAUACUGCUCAUUGUGAGCUGGUGCUGCUGUUCACCCGCUGA